CCGAUUCCUUCCCUCCACCUCCAACCAAAACGAAGAAGAGCAGUCUGUAAAAGGGGUGAAAACAGAGGAAUAUGACAAUGAAGGCAGCUUCUGCUCUGUCUACUCUGUUUUCGACUCUGCUUUUCCUUCUCAUCAACGUGGAUGCCAGAAUCCCAGGAAACUACGGCGGCGGCGCCUGGCAGUCCGCCCACGCCACUUUCUACGGCGGCUCUGACGCCUCCGGCACAAUGGGCGGCGCGUGCGGGUACGGCAACCUGUACAGCCAAGGGUACGGGGUCAACACGGCGGCGCUGAGCACGGCGCUGUUCAACAACGGGCUGAGCUGCGGGGCCUGCUUCGAGAUGAAAUGCGCCAACGACCCGCAGUGGUGCCAUCAGGGGAGCCCUUCCAUUUUCAUUACGGCGACCAACUUCUGCCCUCCGAAUUUCGCCCAGGCCAGCGACAAUGGCGGGUGGUGUAACCCUCCCCGCCCUCAUUUCGACCUCGCCAUGCCCAUGUUCCUCAAGCUCGCCCAGUACCGCGCCGGGAUCGUCCCCGUCUCUUACCGCCGGGUGCCGUGCAGGAAGCAAGGAGGGAUAAGGUUCACGAUCAACGGGUUCAAGUACUUCAACCUGGUUCUGGUGACGAACGUGGCGGGUGCAGGGGACAUAGUGAAGGUGUGGGUGAAAGGUUCGAAGACGAGCUGGAUGAGCAUGAGCAGGAAUUGGGGUCAGAACUGGCAAUCCAAUGCCGUUCUCGCCGGCCAGUCGCUCUCUUUCAGGGUCACCGGCAGCGACCGUCGGACGUCGACUUCAUGGAACAUCGUGCCUUCUAACUGGCAGUUCGGCCAGACUUUCUCCGGCAAGAACUUCAGGGUUUGAUUCUGAUCAAUGACGACUAAUUUGUGUCGGGAUUGGUAUUUACUAGUGUUGGUGGAUGGAAAUGGGGGGCAGUGGGAAAGAAAUGAGGGUUUCUUUUUGCUUUUUUGUCAUGUUCAUGUUGUUGCUUUCCUCUUUUGAGGGGAAGUGUUGACUUUGUUGUGUUAGAGGGGGUGUGUUUGUCUCUUUUUGGUCUUUUGGUGGGGUAAAAGAGUGAAAGUAAAAGAAUGGGGGGGGGGGGGGGGGGGGGGGGGGGGGUGAAAUUGUAUUACUAAUACAGCUGAAGUGGCUUCACAUUUGACAAAAAGCUGAAUGAUGUAGCCCGCAGCUUAUAUAUACUACUAGCAACUAGCAAAGUGGAAGUCUAAUUCUUCUAUGGUUCUUACAAGGUUAUGUUAGAGUGUUCUUAUAGUGUUGGAAAUCGUGAGGCUUUACACGAAUGCAAGCUUACAAAUUCUUCACCAUAUGCAAAGGGAACAGUAGAUCGGAUGCAGAGCAUUUUUCUUGGUAGGAAACUGGCGCAAUAACGCUUAACUCGUAUG